CAAAUUAAACAAAGUUGCCUUUAGUUUAGUGACAACAUUGUUAUACAUUCAAGGUAUUUGGAUCAAAUCAGAUUACAAAAAAAAACUUGCAUAAAAGCGGAAAUAUGGCUGACCACAAACCUCCGAACUGGAUUAUGAAGUUGUUGUUGCUUGUGUGGAAAGACUUCUUAGUGCUCAAAGCCCGCAAAUGCUACAUGUUCACUCUUUUAUUAAUUUUUGCCAUCUUCCCUUUACUUUGUAUGUGUAUUCGGCUCAUAUGCAAAACCAAAGAACAAAUAAAGGAACCGGAACCAACUGCGCUGUGUCUUUCUAAUUUUCCCUCAUAUAUUUAUUUCUCGCCCGAUACUGAAUUGAUCAAGUCAAUUGUGGCAGAGCUUAACGUAACUAAUACCAAAGGCUUUGAAAACAAGUACAAACUUAAUAAUGCGUUGGUUAAUUUUUCGAAGAAAUCCCAAUCUGUGAUUGGUAUCGAAUUUUCUGAUAACUGGAAUGAAUGGCCUGAUAAACUGUCUUUCACUCUUCGUUCUCCCACGAAACUUGAGUUUGAUGUGAAUAUUAUGUACGCAGUAAAUGGAGAGUAUCCAUUGUAUAAAACCGGCUUUUUAGCCAUACAGCAGGCAUUGAGCCAAGUUCAUAUCAAGCACAAGCUUAAGGAAUUCAAUAAGACCCAGGAGGAUCCCAACUUUCCACUAAUCAAGGACCUUCCUUCCCCGCCCGUUUUUAGGGAAGAACUUGACUUAAAUGCUUUGGGCAAUUUGGUUAUUCAAGUUGUUAUCUUCGUCGUGACUAUUAAUUUGACAAAGACCAUCGUUGAGGAAAAGGAGCUCCAGCUUAAGGUGACACUGAUGCUAAUGGGUGUGGGCUCUUGCCUGCAGUGGGUGGCGUGGUACAUCUACACCUUCAUAAUUGCCCUUAUCGGAUCAUCGACAAUAACAUUGCUCUGGAAACUCGUCCCACCAAAUUCCGAGUUAUCCUUUCUGCCCUUCACCCACUGGUCACUUCUACUGGUCGUUCUGCUAGUCGCAUUCCACUGCGCCAUCUGCUUUGGCUUCCUAUUGAGCAGUCUAAUCUCUACAACACGUCGCAUCUCUCUGAUCACGUUCUUGGUUAUGUUUGCCACCCGAUUUCCCGUUAUGAUCAUCGAAUCCGUCGAUAGUUCGGUGGGACUUAAUGUUUUCAUCAGCCUUUUUUAUUUUUCUGGAUUGUUUUUGCUACUCAACAUUAUUGCCAGUUGGGAGAACUAUGGUGAAGGUCUGCAGUGGAGUAAUCUCUUCGAGAUUCCAUGGCCGGGAGAAGCGAUCAGCGCUGGCUAUAUCCUGCUGGUCAUGCUAUUGGUCAGCUUUCUUUUCUUGCUUCUCUGUCUAUAUAUCGAGCAAAUCCGGCCUGGGCCUUACGGGGUUCCUCGUCCCUGGCAUUUCCCGUGCACCAACUGCUGCUCCACAGACAGUUUCGUGCCCUAUAGGGCGCUCUUUAAUAGAUUUUUCGGCAUAUACAAGGCGGCUCCAGAUGAGGAACGUCCCGAUCCCAAAUUUAUUGAGCCAGAUCCCGUGGGCAAGAUCGCCGGCGUUCAGAUCAGAGGUCUCAGCAAGACCUUCGGCAAGGUGGAUGUCGUGAAGAAUGUUAGCUUCGAUAUGUUCGAGGGACAGAUCACGGUGCUAAUGGGACACAAUGGAGCGGGCAAGACCACACUGAUCAGUAUGGUGGCCGGAUUCAUUCCGCCAACUUCGGGGACGGCUGUCAUAAAUGGCUUUGACAUUCGUCAGGAACGGAGGAAGGCGCAGAGCUGCAUUGGUCUGUGCCUGCAGCACAAUGCCCUCUUUAAGCACAUCAGCUCUUCCAAUCACAUUGAGUUAUUCAGCCGGCUUCGAGGACUCCGGGGCGCAAAAGUCAAGGAGGAGGUGCAAAAAUACCUGACGAAGCUUAAUCUGGAGGACAAGAAGAGAUCGGCAGCUCGGAAUCUGUCCGGUGGAACCCAGCGGCGUCUAAGUGUCGCCUGUUCUCUUUGCGGUGAAGUCAAGGUUCUCAUCUGCGACGAGCCCAGUACCGGAUUGGAUCCAGGUGCCCGGCGGGAGCUGUGGAGACUAAUAUUGGAGGCGAAGGAAGGAUGUACCAUACUCCUGACCACGCACCAGUUGGACGACGGAGAGGUCCUGGGUGAUCGGAUGGUCAUCAUCAGCGAUGGGCAGUUACGAUGCACUGGAUCACUGUCAUUUCUCAAGAAACUGGUAGAUGCCAACUGCUUGCUUACCUGCGAAGCCAGGAAGCGAUGUGACGUGGAUCAGCUGACUGCCCUGAUAUCACGCCAUGUGGGUAAUAUCCAACCGUUCAGUAUCAAGGGACGAGAUAUUUGCUACAAGGUGCCUCUAAGCAAGUCAAAUUCCUUUUCCUCGCUCUUCCGCGACUUGGAGCGCCAAAUGAAUACUUUGGGUGUUCGGGGUUUCAGCAUGUGCUCAGUGAGUCUGGAGGAGAUUUUUAUGAGUUUUGGGGCGGAGAACGCCGAUACUCGCAAAACGGGAGGUGCUGACACAAGAGAUGACGAUAAUGAUGAUCAAGAUAAUGGGGAAGAUGAGGAUCGGGAUGAAAAUGUUCGCAGCUGUGGAAAGCAAUGGAGAGCAAUGAUGACCAAGAAGAUUCUGGCACUGUAUGACAGCAAGGUUUACUUUAUAUUAUUGUUGUUGAUUCCCAUUGUUUACUAUCUAACGCUGCUGAUUUUGGCCAAGAACCAUCAGGAGUUGGGCAGGCAGACCAUGAACAUCACCGAAUACGGGAAUGAUAGGGCCACAAUUUUGUUGUCAGUACCGGAAAAGAAGUCAUAUAAGGAAGAACGUCGUUUACAGUAUAUAGCGUCGUUGAUCAAGGGAGAGUUCCAGUUUAAGGUAAUAUCUGAACCAGUUAAGGACUUCGUAAAGAAUGCCUGGAAGUCGAGAGAGGGCAGACGCGAGAUCACCUUCAUGCCAAUGGCUAUCGACACUGAGGACCGGCUGGGUCUUAUAGGCUGGGUCGGACCCAUGCACUACGUUCAUGCGGCGCCCAUGAUCCUUAAUCUUGUCUACAAUGCCAUGGCGCGCGAGCUCAUUGGCCCAAAAAUAACCAUAGAGGUUACUAGCGCUCCCUUUAAAGAGAAAAGUGAUUUUAGGGGUUUAACUCCUGAAAUGUUGGUAGUCCCAAUGUCUGUAAUUAUGUAUGUGAUGAUUGCCUUGGCUAUUUUCUCGAAUGCUGUAAUCCAAGAGCAAGUCUCGCACAUGAAGAUGCAGCAGGAGGUUUCUGGUUUGGGGAUGAUCACUUACUGGCUGAGUCACCUAACCUUCGACUUUGUGGUCUAUUUUAUUUUGGUGCUGGCCCUGCUGCUUCCCCUGUACAGAUAUGGGCCCUGGUACCUUAUGCUGAUCGUGCUUUUGGUCACCGGACUUGCGGGUCUGAUGUUUACCUAUUUCUUGAUAGCUGCGUUUUCGGUCUCAUUACUAAUCCUAACUUUAAUCUUAUUUAUCGGGUUUAUACUAUCAAUAUUGAUGCUGUUUCUUGGAAUGCUCACGCCGAAAUAUAAAAUCAUAUAUGUAUUAAUAUAUGUUGGCAACUUGCAUCCCAUCGUAGCUUGCUAUCAGAGCAUUAUAAAAGUUCUCGGCUACAAUAACCAGUGCGGGUCCUACAUUUCGGAAACAAAUGAAACUUCUGAACAAAUGAAUUGCAUAAACCCACUUGCAUCCCUAGAACCAGGAUGUGUGUGCAAAAAUCCCAUGAUCUGGACUGAGAUGCUGAUCAUGCUUUUGGAGGCCAUCAUAAUAUUUAUGUUGAUAAUGAUUUUAGAGUACGGCAGCUGUAUUUGGUACAGAUGUACAGGGUGCUGCACAACCAGGUCAAAGAGCUCAAUUGAGGAUCCCAAAGUGUCUAGAGAGGCCGAGAAAAUAAGAGCUAUGGAUGCUGAUCAAAUUCGAUCGCGGGCAUUGGUCGUUGAUGAGGUUUCAAAGAAGUAUGGCUGCGGUCCCCUAGCAGUCAAUAACAUUUCCUUUGCUCUGAAACCGAAACAUUGCCUAGGGCUUCUUGGACCCAACGGCGCUGGAAAAACCAGCACGUUCAAAAUGAUAGUUGGCGAGCAUUUGAUCGACAAAGGAAACAUAUAUAUCGCAGGCUAUAGCAUGAAAAUGAAUCGGAAUAAGGCGAUGAAGGAAAUCGGCUACUGCCCGCAAUUUGACUCAUUUUUCGAUUUUCUCACCGGGCGCCAACUUCUAAAGUUGUUCCUUCUGUUAAAGGGCUCUUCAAGCAAACACUUGAAUAAACGAUGUGAACAACUGAGCGAUCAGUUCGGUUUCAGGAAGCACUUGGAUAAAAGGAUUACUUACUACAGUGGAGGAACGAAACGGAAAAUCAACGCUGCAGUUGCCUGUGGGGCAACCUCACUUAUUUGUUUGGACGAGCCCAGUGCCGGCGUGGAUCCCGCAUCGCGACGACACGUUUGGAUCAUUAUCAACGAGUUGGCUCAGCAGGGCAAGGCCGUCUUGCUUACCUCCCACAACAUGGACGAGAUAAACGCCCUUUGCUCGAAAAGCGUUGUCCUGGUUGGCGGCAGCAUAUACGCCAUGGGAUCGAAUCAGCACGUCAAAAACAAAAUAUGCAAGGGAAUGGUGCUCAAGUUUGUUGUAAAUGAAGAGCCCGAUAAAAUGGUGGCAAUGCUCACUAGGAUUGAGGAGGACAUCAACAAGUCCUAUCCCAAGGCAGAACUAAAAGAAAAGUACGAGUUUAGUGGCAGGCUAACAUUUAUAAUUCCCGAAGACACUACUUGGUCGCAGAUUUUUGAAUUCGUCGAAGGGAAUCGCAGUUCCUGGAAGCUGGCCGACUAUUCCCUAUCACAGCCAUCUUUGGAAGACGUAUUUGAAGAGAUUGCUGAGGAGAGAAUGAAAAAGAAGUUAGAAGAUUAGUUUAAUUCAUCUAAUAAUGAAAAAAGUCCACGUUUUAUGAAAA